GCUGCUUAAAAGUUCCAAAGACAUACAACAAAAAAGAUCUCGUUUCUCCAGUACUUUGUACGAUGGCCUUGUCCAAUCCGAAUGAAAUAACCUUGGUCCUAGUUGGCCGUACCGGCAAUGGCAAAAGUGCGACUGGUAAUAGCAUUCUUCAAAGGAAAGCCUUGGAAACAAAACUGGCUUCUGGUUCAGUAACAAAAACAGCUAAGCUUGAGAAGGGUGUUCUAAAAGAUGGUCGAGCUGUGAAUGUGAUCGACACUCCUGGAUUAUUUGAUUUUUCACUUGGAAACGAGAGUGUAAGCAAAGAGAUUGCUAACUGUGUCAAUCUAGCAAAGGAUGGGAUUCAUGCAGUUCUUUUUGAACUCUCUGUUAGGAACCGUUUUACAGAAGAAGAAGGAAAUGCAAUUCAGGUCCUGAGGGGUCUGUUUGGACAUAAUAUUACAGACUAUAUGAUCAUUGUUUUUACGGGUGGUGAUGCUCUUGACAAAGAAGAUAUGACAUUGAAAGAUUAUUUGGAUUCUAAUUGCCCUCCGCCUUUACAGGAACUUCGAUCUUUAUGCAAAGACCGGAUUGUUCUUUUCAAUAAUAAGACUAGGAAGGAAAAUAAGAAGACUGGCCAGAUCAAUGAAAUUUCCUUCUUAGUAAACAAGGUCAUUGCAGAGAAUGGUGGAAAACCAUAUACAAAUGAACUAUUUUUGAAAUUACAGGAAGAAACUAUGAGACAACGCAAGCAAAAGGAAGAAGCUGAUUUUAAAGCAUUAACUACAAAAGAGAUAUCGAGGUUAAAUGGGCAGAUGAAAAAGAAAUAUGAUGAGCAGGUCGAUCGAGUGUCAGGAAUGAUUGAGUCGAAACUCAAUGUUACGAUUCGUGAUCUUGAAAACAAGUUGGCAGCAGAGCAACUUGCACAUUCUAAGACGAAAAGGGAUGCAGAAAGUGCCCAAACGCGUUCAGAUAAGGAAAUCCAUAAGCUUAAGGAGGAGUUAGAGAGAGUACAUCAUCGCCCUCCUAUUAUACUUAAAUGUCCUUCUCCUCCUCCUCCUCCUCGUACAAAGACUUGUGGAAGGAACUAAACCGACUGGU